UGUCUUGUUUAUUUGUAAAUAAAAGUAACAUGUUUAGUCCAUGGCAGAUGCUUAAAUGUCAUUCUGAUUCUACAUUACAACUUGAACUUUCGUUUAAGUUGAAAUGCCUCCCACAGCUCUGGCUGUGCUCACUUCCUGUUUUCAGAAUGGAGAAAGAGGACCUUCUGGUGCUGGGGGAAUCUCUGUUCCGUCCAAGCAUGGUUAAGACAUGGAUUAAGAGACCAAAAGCAACCAAGAUCUGACAGUCAACAAUGGUGUGAUAUUCAUCUUGUUACCUUAUCAACAACAGAUUCUUCAACAUUUUACACCAUCUCUGCUUGCACCUCCUCUGUGAGUUUAUUUGGACGUGCCAAUGCUUGCAGAGGGUUUCUUGAGAGUCCUGUGCUAUAAAGACAGCACAGAGUCUGGCCCAGAUGCUCAUGGCUUUUCUUCUACUCAAUCUAUUCACUUUGAGUGGCCAGGUGGACAUCAGAGACACAAACAAGCGCAGAGAGCUGUUGCUCUGAAAGAGGAAGUGGAGCAGGUGGAUUUUGAGCUGGGUACAGUCCAAAGCAUGGGUGGUGGUGCUGUAUCCAUCCCGAAACCCACAAUCUUCCGCUCCAGCCCUGAACCUUACCCCAGAUGUACACCCCAGGGGCCACUGCAGCCCACGAGUCUCUAUACCCAGUUCUGCUCCAGUCUGCCCCAAAGGGGCCAACAGCAGACGAACAAUGAUUUCAGAGAGCAGGAUGACUACAGACCUGGUGAGGAUGCCCCUGCGCUUCCCCUGAUAGACCCCAUAAGGCGGAGGUUGGAGGCAGUUGCACCGGACCACGGUUACCUUGCAAUGGACAGCAGCAUCACUCUCCAGGGUGGUGAGCCUUUGACCAACUCCAUGCUGAACGGCUACCUGGAGAGCAAGCUGACGGAGGUGUACAGUCAGUAUCUUCAGGAGAGGCUGGUACGGCCAGGCACAUCCCCUAGAUGGAGCCUCCUGGCGCCACUGCCUCCGGGAUAUGUAGUUCAGCAGCUCAGUCACCAGGUGGCGCUGGAGCAGGGCCUGGAGGUGGAUGAGGCUCGUAGCCUAGUGCUCAGCUACAUGCACACCCAGGGAGGGGACAGUAGGGCUGUCAGCUCCCAUUUCAGCUCCCCGGUCCUACGGAUCUCAGAGCUGGAGAAGUGACCCAUGCAAGACCUACACAUGCCUUGAUAAUCUCAUGUCAAAUCACAGAAUCUUCUCUGUCAUUACUAUCAUUUGGUCAUCUGCCUCAUUCCUGUCUCUCUGAUCUGGAGCAAGUUGUGGACUACUGUGUUGAAUGCAUUUAACCUUAU